UACCAACGCCAACUCUGCAACGCCUGAGUGAAAGCAAUAUCAAAAUUUGUAUUUGAUAACUUGUUGUAAUCAUGUAACCCAGGAGAAACUUUGUAUAAUUAAGGUUUUUAAAAUUACGUUUUAAAAAAAAAUGCCUCCAAAACGAUCAAAAAGGGGUCGUCCACCGAAUAGAAAGCCCAAGAAAUCUAUCGCUCUUUCUCAAAGAUUUCCUUGUAUAAACUGUAAGCAACACUUUACCAAAUUAAGAUUAGCUAGACAUUUGCCUAAAUGCCUUCCUCAAAUCAGACCAGAUGAAAUUUACAUUCCGAAGGUUACAUAUAACUGCACUGAAUGCAGCAAGAAGUUUAAAUUUAAAACAAAUUUUAAACAACAUUGUGUCAAUGAGCAUUCAAAAUUGCCGAAUAGUAUUUCAUGUGAGCAAUGCCAUGUACGCUGUCCAAACAAAGAUGUUCUAGAAAAACAUAAACAAAAUAUUCAUGAGAGAAAAGAAUUUAAGUGUCCACAUUGUAAGAAGAAAUUUGUAAGGCAUUCACAUGUUUUACGACACUUGGCGCAGUCUGGUUGUGAUGGCAAUGGUGUUUUACUACAUUGUUGUGAGAUAUGUGAUGCAAAGUUUACAAGGAAAGAUAACUUACAAGUUCAUCUUCGAGUGCAACAUAUCAUGAAAAAGGGAUUCUUUUGUAAAUUUUGUCAAUAUACUACUAAAAGUUUUUCCAAGUUAGUCAAGCAUUGGCAAGAACAACAUUUAGAAUCCUACAAAUUUGAAUGUGACCACUGUGGGAAAACAACAAGUUCUCGGGCAGCAAUGGCCAAGCACUUGGAAAUUCAUGGUGAAAAGUCACACCAUUGUGAUGUGUGUGGAUAUAGUACCUACACGGCGGAGGUUCUUAGACGGCACACACUGACACAUGCCAAUGAGAAACCGUACAAGUGUACACUGUGUGACAAGUCGUUCAUACAACGGUCGCAGCUGCAACGACACCUAGAGAAACACGUCGGCAACCGCUGCUCCGUGUGUGAUUGCAAUUUCAAUACAAAGUCUGGGUUACUUAUUCACAUACGAGAACAUGAGGGACUACAGAAACUAAUAUGUCCGUUUGGUGAUUGCAACUAUAAAAAAGUCUUUAGUAAUGAACAAAGUUUAAAUGCCCAUAUAAAAACUCAUUUGGACGAGAAAUCAUACGCGUGCGAGGUGUGCGGCAAACAGUUCCACACGGAAGUGAACAUGCAGCGGCACGUGAGCACGCACCGGCUGGACCGGCCGAGGCGCUGCAUGUAUUGCGUGAAGGCGCGCGCGUACAUCCGCGGCGAGCAGCUACUACGCCACGUGCGCAAGCUCCACCCCACCAUCUUCCGUCAGCACCUCGUGCACGUUCGACAAGUGCUGGGAACAAAUGUUGGUAUAGAACGAGUGAAAAAAUCUGAAUUGGAAUCUAUACUGAACGUACUUGAUGCUGAGUCAGACCGCAUAAUUGAAGGAUGCAGUGGUGAAGACAUACUUUAUGGUGGCAUGCAAGUUCAAGACGAUAAAAUGAAGACUGAGGAUAGUCCAUUAAUGUCAGAGGAUGAGUUAGUAGAGAAUCUUAAGACUUUGUUGUCGCAGCUCAUUGAUAAAGAUACACUAGAAUGCUUCGGAUGGCCUGAUGAGACUGUUGAUGUUGUAUUAGAAAAAGUAAUUGAACACUGCGGCGCUCGUGCAGCGGACAGAGACAGAUGGACACGUGUGCAGUGUCUACGCGAGAACACCAAGCAUUUGUUCCUUUACGCCGUCGAAGACAAAAACAUAGCUCGUAUGCUCGACACGCAUACUAUAGAUCAGAUUGUCAAGAAUAUCAUUAUGCAAGUUAGUGAUGAGGUUGAUGUGAAAAAACGUAAGAGUUAGAAAUUUAAUUUAAUAUAGGGAUGUGAUAUUUACUUAAAAAUAUCCAUAUUUUUAGACUUGGUUUUAAUUGUUAUAUUAAUAUAAUUUAAUGAUAUGUAUAAAAUUAUUGCAUAGGAUAGGUAAAGCAGAUUAUUUAGUUUAUAAGGAAUAUUCAUAAGAAAAAAUAUAUUUAUAUUGAAAAGCCUUAUAUAGUUACAGCAUAAUUUAUUAGCAUAUCAUUGAAACUUUAUAAAUCUAUUGAGAACACUAUAAACAUGUUGAUAAAAGAUAUUGUAUAUUUUGACUUUAUACCUAAGUUGGUAUUCGUUGUAGCUAUAUAUCUCAUUGUAGAUUUUAUUUAAAUAAACUUUUAUAAUAGAAUGUAUGCAUACAUAAAAAUAUCCAAAUAUAUCCUGUUUCUAAAGCAGUGUGGCAAUUAUGACGGUUUACUGUUCUAGAAAUAAAUAAAUUGGUGAUGGUAAAAUAUAAGCUAAGUAUAUCCAUAUAAGUAAGAAAAUACCUAUAUGACAGUUCUAGUACCCACAAAUGAUUAG